AUGGCGCCUGCACUGACAGAAUCACCCGUUGUCAGUCCAAGCACUGGUAACAAGAAGGACAUCUCUAUCCAUGACUUCUUCGGCCGCGCUCGCACCCGAAUCAUCGGCCAGCAGGUGGUCCCUGAGGCUACCAAGUCCUUGCCUACCUUCUACCGUAACCUGGAGGAGGCAUUGGAUAUCCGCCGCGCCUCCCAGAGCCUCUACUACAUCAUGCAGAAUCAUUGGCAGACCAGCAGCGCCGUCAAUUUCUGCUCGAAUGAUAUUCUUUCCCUCAGCGCCAGCGGAGCCUUGCGAAAGGAGUUCCUUGCUGAGCUCGCCAAGCACCCUGAUUUCAUGACAGGGUCGGGCGGAUCGAGGCUCAUGGAUGGCAAUUAUCCAUAUAUUGAGCAAACUGAGCGAGAGAUCGCUGCCUUCCACGGUGCCGAGGAAUGCCUUCUCGUCGGCUCUGGGUACGAAGGCAAUGUUGCUAUUUUUACAGCCAUUCCUCGUCCUGGAGAUGUCAUUGUCUACGACGCCUUGGUCCAUGCGAGUACUCACGAGGGUAUUGCGCAGAGCCUUGCAGCCGAAAGGAUUGAGUUUCAACACAAUGAUGUCCAGUCUUUCCGUGAUAUCUUGAUUUCGAUUCUCGAAUCGAACAUCCAAGUCAAGCAAGGAAGACGCUCGAUUCUCGUCGCUGUCGAAUCCGUCUACAGCAUGGAUGGUGACGUUUGCCCCCUCCAGGAGCUUGUUGAUGUAUCCAAGGAGCUCUUUGGCGAGCACCAUGAGAACGUUCAGUUUGUCGUUGAUGAAGCACACAGUACAGGAAUUCUCGGGCCUCAGGGUGCCGGGCUUGUUUCCCAUCUUGGCCUUCAGAAGGAGAUUGCUGUUCGAAUGCAUACAUUUGGCAAGGCCAUGGGUUGCAGUGGAGCUGUCAUCAUGGGCAACAAGACCGUGAAGACUGUCUUGGUCAAUUUCCCACGGUCAUUCAUUUUCACCACCUCGCCCGCCUUCCCGUUCGUUGCAUCCAUUCGAGCUGGCUAUAAUUUGCUCAGUACAGGGCGCGGAGAUGCUGCCCAAGAGCGUGUCCAAGAUCUCGCCACCCUCUUCUUUGAUACGAUCACUUCCCAUGAAAAUUGGGCAAAGGCUAACAAAGCUGGCCUUCUCUUCGUGCCCCAAUCCAAGAACUGGGAUGAUCGUGAGUUUCUCACCCACAUCGUCACAAUCCACACGCGCGAUCAGUAUAUGUGGUGGCUUUACCUCCACCUACUUCUCUCAGGCUACUGCGUCUUCCCCGUCGAGCACCCGGUUGUACCUGUUGGACAGAGUCGACUCAAGGCUACAUUUCACGCUGGUAACAGCGAGGAUGAUAUUAAGGGCCUCAUCGACUCGAUCUACAAUUGGAUUGACGAAAUUGUAGAGAUUGAGGAUGGUAAGACUGACAAGAAGGUCACAAAGGCCGCGGGUCAGUUCUAUUCCAUGAUGAGACAGGAAGGGCUGAGUGGAUUUGGUAUGAUCUAA